AUGAUAAGUGAUGCUCGACGUUAUUUCUGGUGGCCAUCAAUCGACAAAGAAAUUGAAGAUCUUGUUCGGAAAUGCUCUAACUGUACGGAAAAUUCUAAACAACCAACUAAAGCUCCAUUAUCACCAUGGCCAAUACCUGAUCAACCAUGGAAAAGCAUUCACAUCGAUUUCGUGGGAAAAUUCAUGGGUUUGUAUUUUCUUAUUAUUGUUGAUGCAUUUUCUAAAUGGAUAGAAGUUAUUACAAUGCAUAAUCCAUCAACCAAAGCAACAAUUGAUGCAUUAUCAUCCCUAUUUGCUCGUUAUGGCUUAUGUGGAACUAUUGUAUCCAAUAAUGGUACUCAAUUUACUUCAACAGAAUUUACUGAAUUUUGUGUUCGUAAUAGUAUUAAACAUAGCACAACUUCACCAGGACAUCCACAAUCUAAUGGUCAAGCAGAACGAUAUGACUUUAUAACGGAGAAAAAAAUAUCUGAUGUUCUGUUAAAAUUUCUGUUUUGCUAUAGUACAACUCCUCAUGCAACAACAAAUUCAACUCCAGCUGAAUUAUUUCUUAAACGUCAAUUAAGAACUGUAUUGGACUUAUUACGACCUAACACAUUUCAUCCAUCAGAUACAGCUCGACGCCGUUAUCAAAGAAAUUUUGAUGAACAUACAAAAGAACGUUAUUUUCAGAAAAAUAACAAAGUACUUGUUCAAGAUUUUAGAUACGAUCCAAACAAGAUCAAAUGGACGCCUGGUUUACUUAUUGAUCGUCAAGGAUUCCGAAUAUGGAUUGUCAAAGUUGGACAUCAUACUAGGCGUCGUCAUGAAAAUCAAAUUAAACAUCGUGAAUGGUCAACAGAUGAUGAUGUUAUUACUACAGAUCCAACAAUUACAACAACUGAUCACAACAAAUGCUCCUCAACAUCAUAUUCUACAUCUGAACAAGACUUACAAGUUCUGCGACGUUCAUAA